CGAUUACGUGAAGUUAUUACGACAGUCUUGUAUUCUCGGUUACCAGUGAGGUAUACACAGAUACUUUGACCGUGUGCCUUCGCAAAAUGCCUCGUGACUUGGUUCAAGAUCAGCUUCUAUUUUAUUCUGAGAGAAUAGCUGCGUGUGAGUACCUACCGUGUACAUUUACACGCGUAGCCAGUCAACACAGAGACAGUUUCUAACUGUCUGGGUUUUAGAAAUACCAAAAUGACCUGCGUACGUCCGAUUUCUGUAACCUUGCCCAUUACUGGAUUGACCUCUUGUAGCUUAGAGACUGAAAUAAUAGAACAAUACUUUACGUUUGGCUUUGUUAUAGCCGAGUGCACUGUCAACAGAGCAUUGUGGCUAAUAAACGUAAACUAUCAGAUAUACUUGUAACACUCAGACUGUCAGUAAGCCAAGACUAGCCAGUAAAGGGUAGUCCAGUGACUCCAUGCCAUCGGUCGGAUACUCACUGCUGAGCUCAGAAUCGAGAAAUCCAAUGGGUCCUGUGGCGCGCCUGCAACUCCACACAGCACAUUGCAUUGCAUGCAGUGUUUGGAGGCCAAAGUUAUUUAUUAAUUCACUUAUGAAUGACAAAGAACCAAAACACUUGAUAACUCCAUUUGACUGGCAGACGUCACAGGAGUGCAUAUUACUAUACGCAGCCUCCUCCGUAAAGUUGUGUUUUUGCUCAGGAGUUAGCAUCAUUAGAAACUGUCAGAUAUAUAUUUUGCCGGAUUGAUAUUUCUCUGGAUGGAUUUGUCAUGGAGCUAUCUUUGUAAUGUUUCUAAAAAUAGAUGAUUUAACUACAAAGUCCAAGGAAGUGAAAUAGUGCUUAGGGUCUCUCUAAAACAGCGUCGUAUGCAUAAUUAUUAGACCGCAGUUUGACUUCUGAUCCUUGUAGUAUCAAGCUUCAAGAAACAAUGUCACCCGGCUUGCCCCCAAGCCCACGCGCCAGAUUCCAAAACGCAGCGCACACGUUCCCGAACCAACGGUUUUUGUGCUCCAACUUUAUUACCACUCUAUAACAUCCCAUUUGAUUGAUAAUGGUGUGUUCCCUAUAAAGGUGCAUGAAUAUAUACCUAAAUAACCAUUCGUGCCGGCAAAAUCGGGGAAACGGGGUAACCUCCCAUUUUAAUACGGACUCCUACUGCCUACCUAGACUACCUACACUGUAGAGUAGGGGAGCAAAAUGAGCAAAAUCCAAUAUCGCAUUGAUGGAUUGUGGACAUUGUGGUGUGCAACAAUCGAAGCCAGGCGUGACCACCCGUUUAUUUAAAAUAUUGUACGCCACAGUUUAAAACUCCUUAUAAAUUGGUACUAGGUGUUAGGUUUUAAUGAGAUAAAAGAGGAAAAACCGCAUAUACAUUAUUUAUUAUUAAGCAUUAAUUAGAUCUGCGUUGGUAAUUUUUGUGUUGUAUUAUGUAACAAUAAUAACCUUAGAUUUCAAAUGUUACAGCGGUCCUCAGUUCUGCCACGCCCACCCGUAAGACCGCUCUGCAAGUGCUUUCGUUCUCCUCAACUGUUACUUAACAUUAUAAUAUGUACUCUCUUAUAUACAUAUAGCAAGUAUAUUCUGCUAUUUAUUGCAAUGCAUUAUAACAGAAUCAACAUUGUCCUCUGUCAGUCUCAGAAUUGCCCUCCCUCAAGAAAAAUGACGUAAUAGGUUCUGUGACAGCACCAACCAGUCCUCUCAAGUCUCGACUUCCUUAUUGCAUUUGAAGAGCCGCAGUAAUUUUUCAGUUAAGGGCAUUUUUAAAUAUAACCACAAGUAUCACAAGCAUGUAGUUUUACAGUUGCAUGCGAUUAUAUCACUGCGACUGCCUAAUAGCAGUGCGCGCGCGCCGCCACUAACGCAACGAGCGUGCGUUUAUGUAAUGCCUUAACCCAAUUAUUAAGGCUGCGCGAACUACAACCAUCACUAUUACUGAUUUGUGAUGAUUACAAUCGUAACGCAAUUGCUAUCACGUUUUAAUGAAGGGUAGGAAGCGGCGUAAAUUGACCCAGUUGUUUUAAUUAUUGGAUCAAGCAGACACGCGGCCGGUGAAGCUGAGCGCCGUAGAGCAGUCUCAGAACAGACAACAGACCACCAUAGAGUUCAUCGCUGAGGACGAAGAGGGCGAUGUACUGGAAUGUCCGCUAUGCCUGCUGGUGUUCAGCGCCAACAACAUGGUACGGCUGGCGUGGUGCGCGCACCGCUGCUGCGAGCCCUGCAUGCGGCAAUACCUCGCCAUCGAGAUCUUCGAGGCGCGCGUGCCCGUCAGCUGCCCCGCCUGCCAGGAGAACAUCCACCCGCUAGACGUUCGGCGCAUCGUGGAUAACCCGGUGUUAUACGACAAGUACGAGGAGUUCUCGGUGCGGCGCGCGCUGGCGGCUGAUCCCGACACGCGGUGGUGCCCUGCGCCUGACUGCAGUUUCGCGGUGGUGGCGACGGGGUGCGCGUCGUGCCCCAAGCUGACGUGCCUGGCGCCGGGCUGCGGCGCGUCGUUCUGCUACCACUGCAAGGCGGCGUGGCACCCCACGCAGACGUGCGACGCGGCGCGCCGCUCGCGCGCGCCGCCACCGAGAACGCCGCAGCCGCAGCACCAAGACUCUGACACGGGUGAAGUGAAGCCGUGCCCGCGCUGCGCCGUGCUGAUCGUGAAGGUGGAAGAUGGCUCCUGCAACCACAUGGUGUGCUGCGUGUGCGGCGCCGAGUUCUGUUGGCUAUGCAUGAAGGAAGUCUCCGACCUGCACUACCUCAGUCCGAGCGGGUGCACAUUCUGGGGCAAGAAGCCGUGGUCGCGCAAGAAGAAGCUGCUGUGGCAGCUGGGCACGCUGGCGGGCGCGCCGCUCGGCAUCGCCGUGGUGGCCGGCGUGGCGCUGCCCGCGCUGCUGGUGGGGCUGCCGCUGUGGGCCGGGCGCCGCGCGCACCGCCGCCUGCGCCGCGCCACCGUCGCGCGCCGCACCGCCGCCGUCGCCGCCGCCGUCGCCGCUGCGCUGCUGGUGUCGCCGAUCGUGGCGGGGCUGGCGGUGGGCAUCGGCGUGCCCAUCCUGCUGUUCUACGUGUACGGCGUCGUGCCCGUGUCGCUGUGCCGCGCCGGCGGCUGCGCGCGCCGCCCCGAGCCCGACGCCGUGUCGCGCCACAUCGACCCCAGCAUCGGCGACGCAUCGCUGUCGGCCGGCUCGGCGGCGGUGGAGCUGCGCGCGCCGUCGCUAGCCGCGCUCGCGGGCUCGCUGGCGCACGAGCCGCACGAGCCGGAGCCGGAGCCCGAGCCGCAGAGGCUGGAGGUCACUGCCGACGUGACGGCCAACGUCAUCGCCAGCGCCAGCUGGCCCGACGACCUGCCGUCCACGUCGUCGCGCUCGGCGCGCCUCAAGAGCCUGUUCCUGUACGGGUCGGCGGCGCCGCCCGACGCCGAGGCGCCGCCGCCGCCGCCGCCGCCGCCGCCGGGCGCCGCCGCGCCGGCCGAGCUCGGCGCCGCCUGCGAGACGCGGCUGGUGCGCGCCGCGCCGCCGCGCCACUCGUAACGAACGCGCGCCCCGCCCCGCUCCUCCCCCGCGGCCCGCGAGACCCGCGCCCCGAGCGAGCGAAUAUCUCAUUUGAUUUAAUACCCUAUCGCGUUAUUGUGUAGAGGAACUGGCGCUCGUGUUAAAGGGACUCGUACGUAAAAUAGACUUAAGUGAAAUGUAGUGUAAGUGCUGACGAGACAGACUAGUAGUGAGUGGAGUGCAGUGCGUGGAAUCGCCGAGUCCGGGAUUGUUGUGAUUCGCUAUAAUUGCUAUUUUUAUCGACGCGUAGUCCGUAUGAAAUACGUUUUGUCCUGACAACGAGGAAUAUGUUAUGGUGCUUUACACGCCUCUCUGCUAUACAACUGGAAUAACUAAAUAAACCUUAGAUCCGCCGUAGUGAUGUGGAAUCCUUAUUGGAGCUUUGUUUCACAUCCCGUCCUAAUUAUCGCGUUGGUAAAAAUUUGCAUUUCACGGAUCAUUAAUAGUUCGGCGAAAGAUUGUUUUGAGGUACAUGGCACAACUGAUUUAUCAAUGUACCUUGUCAGAUAUUGCACUCGCAAGGCCGAGCCGGUCCAGCAAUAAUCUAUCGGCUGUAUUGUCUAUUCUACGUUUAGCUUCCGUUUUGCAGUAGUUGCGGUGUUUGAAAAUAUCAAAUGCAUUCACGCGAGUCAGUUUUGUUAAAAUUCCUUAUAAAAUAAGUGCAUGUUGUCUUCAAAAACAUCGUCUCCUCUGUAAUCACAAAGUUUGUAUGUAGUAUAUAUAGCUCAAGUACUCUUCUUUUUCGAGACUCUGGGUAAUCUACCUCCACCAGACAAUAAGAUGACUUGUAUUUAUGGUUUUUUUAAGACAAAUCGUUAAUUUCCGUCCUGCACAUGCGAUUAAUGUAUAGUAUCAGUAGAAUGUUUCAUGUAUUGUCGACAUCAGAUAUAUCGGAGCGGCUGAGUUGCCCACAAAUAUCUGUACACGCCUCUGUUGUCAAGGCGUUAGUGUGCGUGUUAUUUGUGAGUACUUCCGCCGCUCCGAUAUAUCUGAUGCCGACUGUAUGCCGGUCACGAGCUUGUGUGUAUUUCGAAGACAACUGACAUUUUAAUACUAGUCGCAUUGCAUUUGGUAUAUUUGUUGAUUGUUCUCUCUCGUGUAAACUGGCAGUGAGGAUUAAGAAUUAUUUUGUUGCCCUACCCCUGUUUCAUGUUAUGUUGAGUUUAUUUUAUGAAUGUAAUGAAUCAUGGCUAAGAGACACAUUUCAACGCGAGUUCAGACUGUACAGUAUUAAUCAUUUAAAACGGAGACGUCGCACUUGUAACAUCGAUGUGACUGCCGUGGAAACAUUACAUUCAUAAAAUAAACAAUGUUUAGGCAGGGCCUCGGGCGCCGGGCCCGGGAGUUCCGGCGGCGUAGGUUUAGUGAGCUACUCCCGGAAGUUCCCACCGCCAGCCGACUGUGAACCUUAUGCUAAUGACAUAGAGUUCACCGACGACUGUAUGGGCUCGCGGUGGUACAGUCAUGGUAUUAAAAAUCGACACGGAAAAAGUGCCAAACAUAUCUGUGUGUACCUUAAUGUAUGAGAAAUAAGAGCGUGUAUACAUAAUGUUGUCACUUUGUCCGUGUAGAUAUUUAAAUACCUUGACUGAAACACCGGAGCAGCCGGAACCGUGGAGUCGCAGAGGAGAAGGGAAGAGCUGCGGGCGCGCCCGCUCUGAUAGAUGCUUCGCGCUUCUAAAGCAGUGUUACUCUAUCCGAUAUUUGUGAUACUUUGAAUAAUUACUAUUAACGAUCUAAAUUAUUUAAUUUUUCACGUUUGUAGGCGAAAAGUAAUUCUAAGCUAUAAUUAUUAUGUUAUGUGAAUCAUAUACCUACAGUAAACGAAUAAAAAUGUGAUUAAACUUA